AUGAACGCCUCGCACCACGAGGCCUUUGAUGACGCCGUGCGCGACCUGGAACAUGCUAUUGAAGACUUUUCAGGUACCCUGGCCCAGGACAUUCAGGGCUCACAGCCCGACGUGGAGCUUAGCCACGUGGCAGUUGUUGUCAAACGCAUUCUCUCUCGCUUACGUGGUCAGCUGCGGAACGUCACCAUUCGCCUCUUCUCCGCAUCCACGACUCAAAGCUCCGAUCAGGCGAUGCUUCUCUGCUCCUUGAGCAGCAUCGAGGUGCUUGACGUAUCACGCGAGGCCACGGCCGUUCAGCGCGAUGCUCACGAGGCCGAAUAUGAUGCCGCUUUGGCGGCCGAGCUCCGCAAACAAGUUCGUUUUGAGGGGCUGACGAUCAGUCUUGAGCACGGUCACAUGGCGCAGGACCUGGAACUUGUGGUCACACACUCGCAGCCCGUGCUGAGCAGUAUUGACAGUAAUGACAGCGCUAACCUCAUCGAAGUCAUCUACCGGCAAGCACCUCGGCGACAGCUCAAAGUAGAGGUCUUUCUUCAGCGCUAUCUCGCCCGCCUCGACCCCGCUGUACUGCACCAGCUCGCGCUGAUGAGUGAAGUCUGGGCUUUUGCUGAAGACCAGGGUGUGGCGUCUUCACACUCUGGCCCCGCCCCCGCGGCCCCACCUGCGAGUUUGGCUCCUGCGCACGCCGGGGCAAGCGCUGCCGUGGCAUUCGAUGCGUCUGUGCGCAUCAUGGACCUGGUAGCCAUCCUUUCCUACGCAGCCCCAUCACACGAUGCUGGCGUGGCGGCGCAGCGGUUCCAAAGCAACGCAGCUUGGUUGGGUCGCCAUGGUUCAAGUCGCAAACCGACUGCCACGCCUGCGGCCCUUCACGCCCAGCUCCCCGAAAUGCUGGAUAGCGACGAAGCAGGUUUGGUGUUGGCCUUAUCCCAAUCUCUCCUGCGCGUUGGCGAUGGCGGUCAAGCCCAGCUUGAACUCACGAGUGAAGCUGUGACCGUGUACGACUGUGCGGGCAGCCACAAUUGUCGGUGUCUCCUCCGCGCACGUACGAGCACUGUCGAACAGCUGAGUGCCAGCGACAGCGUCACGAGUGAUGCGGUGCCGGAAGAUGCCCUGACAGUGCGUCUGCCGCGCGAAUCCACAGCCAUUGAAGUGCGCUUGGCCCCAGACACCUUCUUGCAGCUGGAUCUUUCGCUAUUGGAUCGUCUGCAGGGUCUCCUCAACGUUGCCGGCGCGCAGUCAUCCUCAUCUCUCCCCCCAAAACAGCCAGGCGUUGCCCAGGAUGAGGCGCCGGAGGGCCUGCACAUUGUCGUGAGCGGCGGUUCAUUGGAUGCUGUUGUUUUAGUACCCAUUAACAGCACAGCUCGACACAACCUAUCGGAUGGCUGGCUGCACGUACCAUCCUUUCGUGCACAGGCCCUGCACGCCCGACUCGAGGACUUUGUCCUGCAUUUCUACAACGAUAUGCGUGGUAGUGACUGGCAGCAGGACUGCUUGGGGCUGCCGAUCCCAGGCCUUGAGCGUUUGCUUCAGAUUGAAGCGCAAAGACUGACUCUGGGCCACACCCCAACCCAAACGCUCACGCCGACAAAAGUUGUUGCGCUGCGUGGUGCUGCUACAGGUCGCGACGGUCGGGCUGGGCUCCGCGUUCUUGGACCUGGUGGCAAGCACGUUGUCGCGCCUGCUGCCAAGUCUGGGUUUCCCAUGACCAUGCGCACACACGCGCGCACCCAGCAGCAGUUUCACGAGCCAAUGUCAGAGGAAGCCCUGUGGGCAUUUGCGCAGGCUGCUCUGCCCUGCAGCUUGACCGCUGUCACGGUUCACCACGCCUGUGUUGACCUUCACUGCGAGAAGGCACAACUUGAUGAACUCUAUCAACUUGCGACCGAAAUGGCCGACUGGGUGAUGUGGUCGGAUGUGCAGGCCAAUGUCACGUCCGGUCCAAGUGCACCCGGACUUGGUGAACCCACCAUUGUGUCAGCCACGCCCGCGGCUAGCUCUGAGUCCACACCCAAUCUGGCGACAUCCGUUUGGGCAGCACCUGCUGUUGACGGUGAGAGCGAUGCGGAAAGCGGUGAGGAUGACCAAGGGACGCCCGCGGAGCAGGGGCGCUCCGUUGCUGGUGAUGUCGUCGUCCACACUGCGCACAAGAUGGCCUUUGUUCUUGAGUUUGCCGAGUUGGACGUGAGCGUUGUUGAAUCCCAUCCGGAGCGAUCGGGCGUCUUUGACGUACGCCUGUCUCGGGGCCAGCUGCUCCUUCUGUUGGGCAUGCAAGGCAGCCAGAACAUGAGUUUAGCUCUUCGCGGCGAGCAGCCCUACGUGGCUCAGCGUGCCGUCGUCGGCAACCCCAACGAUCGCUUUGAUGUGAUUACACCCGUCUAUGCUGAAGCAGAGGCCAGUCCCUCGGUCUUCUCCAUUUGUCUCUGUGCGCAAGCCGCCAACACGAGCCAAGUGCAGGCGCGCACGACCGUCGCUUGUCUGCUACAGGGGGCGCAGUUUCGAUAUUUUGUCGAUCCACAGGGGUUGUGGCUCUUCCGGAUCUUGGAUUUGCUGGAUUUUCCGGAUCAUCCCGGUAUGGCGUCAACUCCCAAAGCGACCACAUCGGCAAAGGAUACUUUGACGGUGCUCAACGUCUUUUUCGAAGAUAGCGAGGUGGUUUAUCAGCCGUAUGGAAGCCAGGCCGCCUUGUUGACGCCCGUGGCGCGCGUGACCGUGAGCAGCAAUCUGUACGCGGCCACGCCCAUUACCGUGGUGAGCAUUCUGCUCGAAGAAAUAAGCGUCCUUGCCAUUGAUGACGUCCGCAAACUGCAGCGUGGCCAAGAUUGGCAAGCACGUGGCUGGCGCAAGUUGGCUUUUACAACGUACACACGCCUCGACCUGCGUCUAAGUGACGUAAGCGGGGAGAUUGCCCAAGACUUUGGCAUUACCAACGAGCUGCUCUCCGUUUAUGUUUGCGCCGACUCGCUACCCACGCUCGUCGAACUCUUGUCGGGAGCUGUCGGAGGCGAUGACGAGUAUCUGGCCGAGCAAGUCGAGAAUCUGGCCCGCGUGGCGGCGGGGGAUACCUCUCUGCCAUCGACGCGGACUGCAUCGUCCGGAUCAGCCGAGCAGGCUUUGCCGAGCCCUCUCGCAGCGGGGCCCAAGGCCGCAGACGCUCUUGAGGAGUCUGGUGGUGAUUUGUUCUUUUCCAUCAUGUCAGAUCCAGACGAUGUCGCAGAUGCCACUUCCGAACCGACUGCAACAACCUUUGCAGCGCAAGACGCAUCGAGCAGCCGGGCGUCAGAUGCUGCCGAAGAGGUUCUGGAUGAAUAUGAUGAUGACUUUGAGGAGGAUGAGGAUCAGGACACAGAAGCAGAAAUGGAAGCAAGCCUGGUGCACACUCGCUCCCGUGCACCACGUUCACCCACCGUGGAGUUUGAUGACACGCUCAUCGCAGAACUUGAGAUGAUGGACGACGGAGAUGAGGCUGAGGUCGAGAGGAACGACGACGGAACAGAGCGGUCUGGGUUGGGCCUACAUGCGAGAGGCUCGCAUUUGGACGUGUCAGCCAGUCCCAGUACAGCGAGUUUGGAUUCCUUCAUGGUAUCCGAAAUGGAUCGGGGUGAUGGGGCGGGGUAUCGGCAUCCUGCACAAGUACCACCGGCGGUGCCUGGCGCCACUGAUUCAGCAGCCAUUCAGCAGGACCUAUCGGAUGCAUUGGUUGAACCGUUGUCUGAUUCAGCUGACGACACGUCCCAGGCGCGAUCGGCGUCAGGUCUACCUUUGGAGGGCCUCACUGCGCUGCGUCUCGACGAGGACUACCUUGCGCAAACGUUUGAGUCAGGGGCAGCAGUGCCAGAUAUGCCUGACGUGACCAGCGUCUUGCACGAUGCUUUGCUGAGUCCGUCACGAACAGUGAGCCACCCGAAUGACUUGAAUACCCCGACAGGCACCACGCCAACGGCCUCGAUUGUGAGCUACCGAGGCCAUGAACGCGUGGGUGCCAUGAUCCAAGACGGGGGUCAGCCAGCUGAUUUCAUGUUUCAAGAUGAGGACAGUGACUUGGUCGUACGCAAGUUUGUUGAUCCAAUCAGCUUCAAGCGCAAUUUCUUCACCAUUCCAAAGCAGGAUGACGAUGCAGACUUUCGGGCUUACGACUUUUUGCCUCUAGCGAAGCGACGUGUUCUGAUCAAGCGUCUCAACAUCAAGGUGCAUUUGAUCCGCGGACGGCAUUGGCAGGACGUAUUUCCAGAUGACUUGGAUCCUGUAGGUCAGGCGGCAGGGUUCCCACGUGUGGCCCCUUCGCUCUUGACGUCGUCCUCGCAGACGGCGCCCAAGGCAGGCGUUGACGACGAAGGCUCUAACCAGGGACCCCGUGUGGUACGCGAGAGUCAGAGCGUCGAUAACGAGGGCCUUGAGAUUGAUUUGCACCAGCUGACAGUCAUUUCGGAAAACUAUGAUCAAAAUGAACUGUAUGCAUCGCGGCUCUUGGUGCUGUCUCGCCAGAUCAACGUUUUUGAUCGGUUGCCCGAGUCUGUGGUCAACAUGCUGUUGUGCGACUACACCUCGCGUCACGUGCAUCGCGAGGCCAGCUCCAACAUGUUACGAAUGGAGCUAAUGACAGUGCGCACGCCUGAAGUAACCGGCGAAGCGGCGUUGGAGGCCAUGAUGAAGCUACGCAUCCUGCCACUGCGCAUCAACCUGGAUCAGGACACACUCAAUUUUUUGAUGGAGUUUCUGGCUUUUGCGCCACGCGGUAGCGAGGCGGCACAGCGGGCUGACUUGUUGACGGAAAACUGGCAGCAAAUUGAUAUCGAUGACAAUAGCGGCCAGCCCGUUGAGCUCUCAAGUGCCCCUGCGGACGCAAAGCCGGCGCGGGUUAGCGAUCAGGAGUCACGCUUGACAGCUCAGACUCAUGCAACGUUGAGCGAAGGCUCGAACGGCAGCGAAACGCAACAGGACAGCGAGACCUCGGACAGCGCGAGCGACACCAGCAGCGCUCAAGUGAACGGUACCUACUUUAAAAAAGUACUCAUUGAACCCGUCCUCUUGUGCGUCAACUAUGCCCCAAAGCAUCUCUCGGUGUCUGAACUGUUUCAUGGUUCUUUUGAGCAAUUGGCCGGCGUCAUAUCUUUGAACGACGCCAAACUGUACCUGUCUCCGCUCACAGUCAAAGGCUUUCGAGAGGGUGUGACGGAUGGCAUCAGAGUGACGGCAGUGGAGAUGUGUAGCGUGGCCACGGCCAUGGUUUUUGCUGUACAAAACGCGCUCGAGUUGAGUCAGGAUGGGCUGCAGCAAGCGUAUGAUGCCCUGCGGCGAUCCAUUGCCGCGAGCUACGACAAGUUUGCCUCGGUACCGGAACGCGCUCGACAGACGACGGUCAUGAAGUCCAUUGCCCUUCUCUUGCGCACAUUGCCGAGUGCCACCCUUCAGCCUCUGAUCGGGGUGUGUGAGGCCACAGCGCUGGCAUUGCAGGGCGCGCGGAACAGCCUGGCGCCGCGAAGGGGUCAGGAGCUGGCCCAACAAUACAAGCCGCUGUAA